CACACGUCAAUCAAAUAACAGCCAUGUCUAGAUUAUGGGUCAGAUAGAAGACCAUCGGUUUCAAUCUGUUUGACUUCAGCGGAUUUAUUUCACCGUUUCACCUUUGGAGGUCUUAACUUGGAUAAAGUGACACUGACAGAAAACGCGCUUCCGUGUUGCUUCAUCUGCGCCUUUUGUCAGCGGAGAUACAACAUCAUGUUUGCCAUUAGGCGCGGAAACAAUUGACGGCGCGUUUUGUCGAGCCUUAAAAAAUAAAAGGGUGUUUCUCACAACCAGGCUGUCAAGCACACAGAGGGACCAUAGAUGUGAUUCCUGUCCUCAGCGGGCGGCGUUUGAGACAGAAAAAUGAUGUCAGGAAAGCAUUUCAAGGCUCAUGAAGUGAGCUGCUGCAUCAAGUAUUUCAUCUUCGGAUUCAACAUCAUAUUCUGGUUCCUCGGAGUGGCAUUCCUUGGCAUCGGGCUGUGGGCAUGGAGCGAAAAGGGUGUUCUCUCUAACCUCUCGUCCAUCACGGACCUCGGGGGUUUCGACCCCGUCUGGCUCUUCCUUGUGGUGGGUGGUGUCAUGUUCAUCCUUGGAUUCGCUGGUUGCAUCGGAGCUCUGCGAGAAAACUCUUUCCUGCUCAAGUUUUUCUCAGUUUUCCUGGGUAUCAUCUUCUUCCUGGAGCUGACUGCAGGAGUCCUGGCCUUUGUCUUCAAAGACUGGAUCAAGGACCAGCUCAACUUUUUUAUUAACAACAACAUUCGGGCGUACAGGGACGACAUUGACCUGCAGAACCUGAUAGACUUCACCCAGGAAUAUUGGGAGUGUUGUGGAGCUUUUGGAGCUGAUGACUGGAAUUUGAACAUCUACUUCAACUGCACUGAUUCGAACCCGAGUCGAGAGAAAUGCGGAGUACCCUUUUCUUGCUGCACCAAAGAUCCAGCGGAGGAUGUCAUCAACACUCAGUGUGGAUACGACAUCCGAGCAAAAACGGACUCAGAGCAGCGGACUUUCAUCUAUAUCAAAGGCUGCGUCCCUCAGUUUGAGAAGUGGCUCCAGGACAACCUGACAGUGGUGGCAGGCAUCUUUAUUGGGAUUGCAUUACUACAGAUCUUUGGCAUCUGUUUAGCGCAGAAUCUCGUGAGUGACAUUGAAGCCGUGAGAGAGAGUUGUUUGUUUACCUAAGACCUCCACAGAGUCUCCAAAAGCAAGACGGAUGUACCAGGACUCUGCAGUUGGGAUACCAGCAAUGAAGGGAAAUAAAUUAAUCAGCUAAAGUGUCCAGAACCAAGAGUCUCAUUCAUGUGUACAUAAUAAAUUUAGAGUUAUUUUUUAGAGUUAUUCAUGGCCCUAUUUUUAAAUGAAGAACAACCUUUGAAAUGUACUGUAGCUCUCAUACAAUACAAACGAAACAAAUGCAGUAUAGGCAGGUAUGAUGGUAAAGUGGCUCACAAGAUAACACCCAGUUUAGCCUGUAACGAUGGAGGAGCGGGUUAUAACUUAUGAGCAGGACACAAUGAAGGUAGAUUUGUUGUUUUCUCUGAGGUAGCACUUCAUUUCUAAAAGGGCCUUGGUUUUAUAAGUCUCACAGCUGCAGUUUUUAACACUGCGUGUAAGGGUGGUGUACAAAGCUGAAGUGAUUCUGGAAAUGCACUGCAUGCCUAUUGUCUACUGAUAGGACAUUGGCUCUCCUAACUGUAUUUCAUUAAUGUUAAGUAUUUUAAAAUAUUUGUAAAAUAGUCACUAGUUUAGAGUGAAUUGGCUGGUUAGCACUUUGUUGAAUGUUUAAUGAGAUCUACUUAAAGCUACAGAGAAUUAACUUUAAAUUUAUUUCCAUAUGCGAGAUGAUCACACUCAUAUCACACAGAUGCAUACAGUUUGUGAGCAGAGUUUUGUGGGGCUGAGGUGGAUAUAGUAUUAUCAUGAAGGCAAAUCAUGGAUGUAUUAGGUUUGUAAAGUUGCAGUUUGUAUGAGUUUGGCAUUGACUUUAAAGAAAUCUCGAAACAUACUGAAAGAAACCCGAAGAUGUGGCAUGUAAAUCAAAAAAACAAACAAAACAAACUCAGCCUUAAGCACUUUAAUCUUCAUGUAAGAGAGAUGAAGCUCAUUGCAGCCACUUAGCUUUUGUCACAAUUGACUGUUACUUAAGUCAAGCAGCAGCCACUGGAGGGGGCACUUUCCUUAAAAAAAACAAACAAAAAAACAAACAAAAAAAAACAAAAACUUAGAAACUGUAUCUGUAACUUCAUGGUGCUCCAGAAUUGUCAGAUUCAUCUUGAAUUUGUCCAAAAAAAAGUCUGUUGUGCCGUUCCUUGCACAUUACCUUUUACAGUUAUUGUCAGUCAGUGUUCAUUCAUUCACUUUCCUCCUUUUGAACAGUUGCCAAUGUGUUUCUUUGAUGAAAUCUGGCUAACUGAUGAUAUACCUUUUGUUGUUUGCUUUUGUUUUUUAUUUUUUUCCUGUUUUGAUCUGUAAGUUUUCACUGGAAAAUUAGGAUACAAGCCAUUUUCAAGGCUCAUAAUGAAAGGCAAUGCUGGUACCUCCUGGUGGCACUUCACUGACUUUAUAGCCUACAUACAUAUUGUACUUGAAAUCAGAGCACACCGGCUCUCUCACCAGCAUUAUGUUUAAUGCAAACAUGGGAACUAAGAUACAAUUUAUAGGUUUUUUAUUUCUAGAUAUAACCUGGAUGCAUAUAAUUCACAGGCAACCUGUAACAGAACAGCAUAGCAUGGAAGUAAAAGCAGCCUUUUAAUAUAAAAUCAAAGUGAACCUGCAGCAGGUUACACAGAGCUUUUCCUUUGCGGUUUACACAAAGGAUGUUAAACAAUAUACAGUGUCUGCAGUUUGAAAUCUUAUUAUAAAUGUAUAAAAUGGCCACGGUGUCAAAUAUCCUUUUUUUCCCUCCCAAAGGUUCAUAUGAUUGUUGGUGUUUACUGAUCACACACUUUCUUACCACUCAGUGCCAUACUUGUAAUUUCUACAUACUCCUUAUUAUAACUCUUCUCUUGUUUCAUGUGUACUCCUGAUUCUUGUAAAUAACUGGAUCGUGACAAGUUGUAAAUAUAUAUCUUAAUAAAUGUGUUUCUUUGUAAA